UCCAAUAUUCAAACUUACUAUUCUCCCCUGCUUAAUUUCCCAGUCUCUCCCUACAAAAAUCAUCGAAACUUCAUCGAAACUUCUUGAUUACGAUCAAGUAGUUGGAUUUUGGGGGAUCCGAACAAACUUUCCAUCACCCCUGAAGCAGUAUUCGACAAACUAUGGAAAAAGCGGCCAAGAGCGAAGAACCCGCAAUUGGGAUUCCGUACAAUUAUCAGCCGCCAUUGCCGCAGCGUUUCUACGUAGAGAAUCCACAUCAAGCUGGCGCCAUCCCUCCAAACGCCAUCGUUGGAGACCCCAAAGGAAUCCCCCUUCAGCAGACUCUUUAUCGCGAUACCCCUGCGCCCUUCAAUUGCCCUUACUGCGGUGGCUCCGGCGUCACCACCGUCAAGUCUAAACCAAGUUUAGCUGCAGUUGUUGGUUGCAUGAUGCCUUUUAUGCUUGGAGUAUGCUUUCUAUGCCCUUCAAUGGAUUGUCUAUGGCAUAAAUAUCAUUAUUGUCCCAGCUGCAACGAGAAGGUUGCUGAUUUUGAGAAGUCCGAUAUCUGUGCUGUGAUGGAUCCUCCACAUUACGUACAAGGGAGCUUUGCCUUGCCUGCGUGACGUGAUGAGGCCAGUAUCGCUUUCAACCCUUUGCAAUUUCUAUAUACUGUCUACAAACUUUAAAUAAUUGAAAAUUUCAAUACAUUUAUAUACAUGUGUUAGUGAGACUGUGAGUGUGUAUAUGUUUGUAACAAAUUGUUGAGUUGAGUUUUGUAUAUAAACCAUCAUCUCUCAACCCUUGACUAUUGCCAAAAUUUCUUUUGAUGCAUAUUUUGUUUGUAA